AAAACAUACAACACAAUGAGGGUCGCAACAUUCGCAGGACUUGCGGUUACAAGUUUAUUCCUGAUGAGUAUAAAUUCACCAGUGGAAGCCAGAAGAACACUUUGUGAAAAAAAAUUGAGUAUGCUUUGGAAUAAUUUCAUUGAUACCUUCAAUGACAGACACUGGAGUACUCUUCAACAUGAGAUAUUAGCGGAGCAGUUCACUUAUGCAUCUGGCCAUGGUGGGGUGCCCUACAUUCAAGGCAGUGCAAAUAGUACAGCAUACUUUAAAAGACUUGCUGCAGAGAACUACACUAUGGCAAUCACUCUAGAUUUCUGUUCAAAGGGCACUAAGUUACUGGUUGGCGGAGGCGUCCUCGUAUUCACUAAUAAAGAUGGUAUUAAGAUGGCCUUCAGAUCAAUGGUUGUCUUUAAGAAAUAUAAAUAUAAUCAGUGGAAAAUGUACAGGUCAAUAGAUACUAAAGUAGCAGAGUUAACUACAGGAUGAGACUCUACUGGAAAGACCAUUAAGAAAACACAAACAGCUAAGAAAAAUGAACAUUAAAGUGAUAAAAUUACUAAAUGAG